AUGGCAUCUUCUCGGCUCGACCGAUUGGUCACGCUUUUGGAAAAGGGCAGCACUCCACUUAUCCGCAAUACAGCUGCCCAACAGCUUGCAGACAUUCAAAAACAACACCCGGACGAGUUGUUUAACCUUCUUGGUCGGGUACUUCCAUAUCUCAAAGCACAUUCCUGGGACACCAGAACAGCUGCUGCCAAAGCCAUUGGCGGUAUUGUGUCCCAUGUGGAGCAGUUCGACCCUAAUGCAGAUGACGCAGAUCCCAAGCUCGACAGAAAUGGAUGCAAUGACGAAAUGGAAGUCAAGGUUGAAGCUCCUACCCCGGACAGCUAUGAGCUACUACAGCUGGAUACGCUGGAUGUUAGCUCCAUCCUGCAGUACGGUAAGAAACUAUUAGGUAGUGCCGGUAAGGAGUAUGAAUACUCGCUGGCCGGUCUUGAUGCCGCCCAGAGGUUAGCGUAUCAGAAGCAAAGUCUGACCUCUCGACUCGGUCUUGGCGGCGAGUAUAUCGAGGACGAUCUGGUCAAUGCAAACGACUUUGCAGCAAACUCUCAACAUAAAUUACCCUCUACUCCAGGGCUUCCCAGGGUCGAUACAUCUUUCAAAGGACGCCAAGCAAGUAUUUCGUCUAACAAUGCAUAUUCUGCCAUGUCUCCCAUGGAGAGUACUCCACAGACUGCCACAUGGGAUGAGUCAGGCCUUAGCAAACGCCAGUUGAACCAGCUGAAACGGAAAAGCAAGAGUAUGGCUAAGACCGGAGGGAACAAGAUGCGUGUGGUCGACUUGUCUGUCCGGAAAGCAUCCGAAGCUGGUCAGACGCCAAUAUCCGCCGCCCCCUACCCUGUCAAGCUCGGGUCUGAAGACGAUACGAAUGGAGACAAGAAUCCCGACUAUUUUUCAAUCAAGAGGGAGAAUGAAGAUGAUGAGUCGAAAGUCGUCUCCGAGUUCAAGGGCGAGGUGGCACCGGAAAAGCCUAUGAUCCAGACAGACGCUGAAGAGCAGGGGCUUGAAUGGCCCUUUGAGCGAAUGUGCGAGUUUCUGACGGUCGACCUCUUUGAUCCACACUGGGAGCUUCGUCAUGGUGCAGCAAUGGGUCUUCGGGAAGUCAUUCGUGUCCACGGCGCGGGCGCCGGGCGCAAGUUUGGAAGAUCGAGAACAGGAAAUGAUGAAUUAAAUCGCAAGUGGCUAGACGAUUUAGCCUGCCGACUCUUAUGUGUAUUGAUGCUUGAUCGGUUCGGGGACUACGUCUCUGACACAGUCGUUGCACCAAUCCGAGAAACAGUUGGGCAAACUCUGGGUGCUCUACUCUCGCAACUCCCAGAAGUAACGGCGCUGUCAGUAUACACCUUUCUCAAGCGGAUGAUCACGCAGAACGACCUUGGCAUCAAACAUCCUAUAUGGGAAGUCUGUCAUGGAGGCAUGAUCGGGCUGAAGUAUUUUGUGGCUGUGCGCCGAGAUCUGCUUCUGUGCCAUGAUAGAAUCAUUGACGGUGUGGUUGAUUCUGUUAUGAAGGGUCUAGCCCAUCACGAUGACGACGUUCGCUCUGUCAGCGCCGCAACCCUGAUUCCGAUAGCAGAAGAACUCGUUCAGUUGAAUUCCGAGUCACUCAGUAAUCUCAUCCACGUGGUUUGGGACUGCUUAUCCGAUUUACAAGAUGACUUGAGCGCCAGCACAGGAGCUGUCAUGGACUUACUAGCCAGACUCUGCACUUUCCCGGAAGUCCUUCAGGCUAUGAAAUCGAACGCGCUUCACGAUCCUGACAGCUCUUUUGCGAUGCUUGUUCCUCGGUUGUAUCCAUUCUUCCGACAUACUAUCACAACGGUCCGAUCGGCAGUUCUUCGAGCACUUCUAACCUUCCUCGCACUGGAGGGGGAAGGUGUUACUUCCUGGGUGGGCGGUAAAGUGGCUCGCCUCGUCUUUCAAAAUAUCGUUGUAGAGCGUGACGAAGGUGUGCUCCGGCUCUCUUUGCAAGUCUGGACCGAGCUCUUGCGUCAAAUGAACUCUAAGGGUUUGGUAUACUUCCGUGAUGACCUUGAGAGCCAUCUUCCGCCCAUGAUCACAAUUGCGAUGCACCCUAUAGGACUGGCACGAAGUCCAAUACCUAUGGAUCUGAGUUUGUUCAUCAAGCCCUCUGGCGUGCCUUUCGCUUCGCAUAACUUGGCUCCUGCUCGACAGUAUUCUAGCGCCCACUCCUCGACCGGAGGGAAGCGAAAAUCGGAAAAGAAAGACGACACGACAGCCUCAGCGCACAACGUCGAUGGGCAUAUGCUGCAUGGCGAAGUGGAAUUGGUAGGUCUUGAUACGCUGAUCAGGUCAAGAAUUUAUGCUGCUCGAGCCCUUGGUCUCUUUUCCUUCUACUGGCAUCAAAAUCAGUUCCAGGAGCAGUGGACGGGCAUUGCCUCCUAUCUGACAUCAAGGCGCGCGACAACACAGUUCGUGGCUGCUAUGGUGAUCGAAGAAUAUGCGAGCCACUCGGAAUCAAAGACCGUUCCUCCUUCAGUACUGUCUUCUAAGCUGCUCUCUGUGUUGGAGAAUGAUCGACCGCUAUGGUACACCGAUAUUGCCUCUGUUCUGCAAGCUGCUCGUGGCCAGUGUCAUGCAAUGCUUGACGCUUUCAAGAGCCAUGCCCAUGUGCCGUCUGCGAAGCUUCCCAAUAUUCCGCCAGUCUGCCAAGGCGAUGUUGAUGCUGGUCCCAACGCCUUUUCCCUUGCAGAUGCAGAGCGAAUUGUGAGUGAUGACUUUGACCGCUUGAUGAAGCUCUUGACGCCAGCUCAGCGUGUCACUGGUGUGCAAUUCUUGGCUGAUGCUCGAGAAAAUGCAAGGAUUGCUGUGAAUGAAGCCAAAAGCAUCAAGGAGCUUCGCGAGAUGCGAAUCCGAGCUGCUGCCGCCAGCGCUCUGGUUGCGUUAAGAGAAAUUCCCAAGAAGCCGAGCCUGGUGAUCAAGAACAUCAUGGACAGCGUCAAGCUUGAAGAGAAUUUUGAGAUUCAACAAAGGUCGUCGGUGGCCAUUGCAUCACUGAUAGACUUCUACAACGCUGCUGGGAAACGAGGGCCUGUGGAGAAGAUUAUUGGUAAUCUGGUCAAAUUCUGCUGCGUCGACACCUCGGAAACUCCCGAAUUUCAUCCCAAUGCUCAAUUAGAACAAGCCAUCUUAUCACUACGAAAGGAAGAAGACCGCAAAGACCAUCCCGAUGCCGCCAUGUUCGAAAGAGAGGCGAAAGAAGCCAGGAUUAUGCGGAGAGGCUCUAAGCGAGCGCUGGAGAAUCUAGCUCACAAGUAUGGAGCUAGCCUCUUCGACAGAAUACCAAACCUUCGCUCGCUGAUCGAGACUACUAUAAGAAACGGGCUGGUAGGAGAACUACCGAACGACAUAAUGGAUCCUGAGAGCCAGACCGGACAGGACAUAGUUGAUGGGCUGUCAACACUUCGAGCUCUAGCACCAACGCUGGAUCGUGGUUUGCACACCUGGCUGGUAGAUCUACUACCUUUAGUCGCCAAUGGUCUUCGCAAUAAGCUUUCUGUCAUUCGGUACUCGGCCGCGAAAUGUUUUGCAACAUUAUGCAGCGUGAUUACUGUCGAGGGCAUGACAACGCUGGUAGAAAAUGUGCUUCCAGGUAUCAGCAACGCCGUCGAUGUCCACCACCGGCAAGGUGCUGUUGAGUGCAUUUAUCAUCUGAUGCACGUGAUGGAGGAAGGUAUCCUGCCUUACGUGAUAUUCUUGGUUGUGCCAGUUCUUGGACGGAUGAGUGACUCCAACGACGACGUUCGUCUCUUAGCCACUACUUCUUUUGCUACUCUUGUCAAGUUAGUACCCCUUGAAGCUGGUAUACCAGAUCCACCGGGUCUUUCCGAAGAACUUCUCCAGGGUCGCGACCGAGAACGCAAGUUUAUGGCGCAAAUGCUGGACCCGAAAAAGGUGGAAGCGUUCGAAAUGCCUGUUUCGAUACAGGCCGAACUACGAUCAUACCAGCAAGAUGGUGUGAAUUGGCUUGCCUUCCUCAAUCGAUAUCAUCUACAUGGAAUCCUGUGCGAUGACAUGGGUCUUGGCAAAACUUUGCAAACGAUCUGCGUUGUGGCCAGUGAUCAUCAUAUGCGUGCUGAAGAGUACGCAAAGACAGGCGCGCCGGAUUCGAGGCCACUACCCUCUCUCAUCAUUUGUCCACCAACAUUGUCUGGCCACUGGCAGCAGGAAAUCAAACAGUAUGCCCCGUUCUUGUCCUGCGUGGCCUACGUUGGCCCUCCUUCCGAGAGAAAUCGUCGCAGGGACCAGCUCACAGGGGCAGACAUUGUUAUCACGUCUUAUGAUAUUUGCCGUAACGAUAACGAAGUCUUCAUGCCCAUCAAUUGGAACUAUUGUGUUCUGGAUGAGGGUCACCUGAUCAAGAAUCCGAAAGCUAAGAGUACCCUGGCGGUGAAAAAGCUUCUAAGCAACCACCGCUUGAUCCUCUCCGGGACGCCGAUUCAAAACAAUGUUCUCGAGCUGUGGUCUCUUUUCGAUUUCCUGAUGCCAGGCUUUUUAGGAACCGAGAAGGUCUUUUUGGAUCGUUUUGCUAAACCUAUUGCAGCAAGCCGCAAUGCCAAAUCAUCGUCCAAGGAACAAGAGGCCGGUGCACUUGCAAUUGAGGCUCUACACAAGCAAGUAUUGCCAUUUUUACUGCGCCGCUUGAAAGAAGAAGUGCUCAAUGACUUACCACCAAAGAUCCUACAAAACUAUUACUGCGACCUUAGCGACCUACAGAAGCGGCUCUUUGAUGACUUCUUCAAGAAGGAACGGAAGGUGGUUGAGUCGAGUGUAGGGUCAGGCGACAAAGAAGCCAAGCAACACAUUUUCCAAGCCCUUCAGUAUAUGCGCAAGCUCUGCAAUUCCCCGUCCCUGGUGGUCAAAGAAGGUCACAAACAGUACGAUGCGAUUCAGAAGCAAUUGGCUAGCUCCCAUUCCAGCCUUCGCGACAUUGCACACGCACCCAAAUUGACGGCUCUUCGUGAUCUUCUCAUCGACUGCGGCAUUGGUGUGACCGAGGAUGCAGGCAACAUCUCUGCAAACAAUUACGUUUCCCAGCAUCGUGCCCUCAUAUUCUGUCAGAUGAAGGAGAUGCUGGACAUAGUGCAAAACGACGUGUUGCGUAAAUUACUCCCAGGUGUGCAAUUCCUUCGUCUGGAUGGAAGUGUUGAGGCCACGAAACGACAGAACAUUGUGAACCAGUUCAACACAGAUCCCAGUUACGACUGUUUGCUGCUGACCACUAGUGUUGGAGGACUUGGCUUGAACCUGACCGGUGCCGACACCGUCAUCUUUGUUGAACACGAUUGGAAUCCUCAGAAAGAUAUCCAAGCCAUGGAUCGUGCUCAUAGAAUCGGUCAGAAGAAAGUUGUCAACGUUUACCGGCUGAUCACCCGAGGCACGCUGGAAGAAAAAAUCAUGGGUCUUCAACGUUUCAAGAUCGACGUUGCCUCUACAGUUGUCAAUCAACAAAAUGCCGGUCUUGGAACGAUGGAAACCGACCAGAUUCUGGAUUUGUUCAACCUGGGAGAAACGGCAGAUGGAAAAGCGGACCAAGGCGGAAUGAUCGAAGGCAAUGAAGAAGACAUGGUGGAUAUCGAAGGCAACGUUAAAGAGAAAGGCAAGAAGGGUUGGCUGGAUGACCUGGGAGAGCUGUCCGACGAAAGGCAGUAUCAAGAAGACUUCAAUUUGGAUAGCUUUAUGCAAAAUUUGCAGAAAUGA